AGUGUAAGGUUAUUUUCCAACCAAUUAAAUUAAAAUCAAGUACAAUGGGAAAGAGAUUUCUCCUCUACAUACCUAAUCGCCAAUUUCGGGUACGAGAAACUGGAAAGCGAACAAUUUCCCAAAAGCAAAAUUUAAGUCCGAACUUUUUGUUCAAGGGCUUUGAUGUUAAUAGCACUGUUUCUGCGUUCGACUGUAACUACAACUCAAAGACUGUGCCACAAAAGGAAUUAUCGUUCUUCAUACGUAAAUUCUUCUCUACCGAGUCACAAAAUUUAAACAACCAUCAUCGUCAGGCGCUCCUGUUAACCGACCCAAAUCGCUUAAAGUCGAGAAUUCGGGAGCUAGAUCAGCCAAGAUAUUUAUCGAGGAUGUCUAUGUCAGACGAGGUACCUUUAACUAUUUUACAUUACAAUGACGUCUAUAAUAUCGAGCCGAACUCUGGAAAGGAACCAGUAGGUGGUGCUGCACGCUUUUGCACUGCAAUUAAAUCUUUUGCUCACUUGGAGCCUUUGGUUUUGUUUAGUGGUGAUAUAUUUUCGCCAAGCAUGUUAAGCACCUUCACCCAGGGCGAGCAGAUGAUACCGGUACUAAAAAGGACGGGCACUCAUUGUGCUGUCUUUGGAAACCAUGAUUUUGAUCACGGUUUGGAUGUUCUAGUAAAUUUGAUAAAAAAUACAACUUUUCCUUGGCUUAUGUCCAACGUGGUUGAUAAUGAAACAGGAAAACCUCUCGGAGGGGGAAAGAUGUCUCAUUCCAUGCUCCACAAUCAAACGUCGAUUGGCUUGAUAGGCCUUGUAGAAAGGGAGUGGCUGGAAACAUUACCCACUAUUGAUCCUAAUGAAGUAACCUAUAUUGACUAUGUAGAAGCGGGAAACAAGUUAGUGGCACAACUGCGAAACGAGGGCUGUGAAAUUAUAAUCGCAUUAACACAUAUGAGAACCCCAAACGAUAUAAGAUUAGCGGCCAAUUGCGCUGGCAUAGAUUUAAUACUCGGCGGACAUGAUCACGUAUAUGAAAUACAAGAAGUAAAUGGGAUAAAAAUCAUAAAGUCAGGCACAGAUUUCCGUCAAUUCUCAAAAAUUACAAUACGGAAGGAACGCGAUGAGAAUGGAAAACUUAUUGCUCACAUUGAACCAGUGAAUGUUACAUCGGAUUUUGAUGAAGAUAGAGAGUUAAAAGAAGAAUUGGAAAAAUACUCAGAGGUUGUUGAAGCUAAAAUGACUGAAGUCCUCGGAAACUUCAGUGUGGAUUUGGAUGGGCGUUUCUCUUUCAUCCGCACACAGGAAACCAAUUUAGGCAAUUGGGUUUGCGAUGUCGUUUUGGCCGCUACAGGAGCGGACGUGGUCAUCAUCAACUCAGGUACUUUUCGCUCAGAUCAAAUACACCCCCCGGGACCGUUUACAAUGCGUGAUUUGGUGAAUGUAAUACCAAUGCGGGACCCACUCAUACUGUUAGAGAUUACAGGAAAAUGCUUGUGGGAAGCUUUAGAGAAUGCUGUAUCAGCAUAUCCAAAGUUAGAAGGCAGAUUUCCUCAAGUUAGUGGUGUGACAUUUGCCUUCGACCCCACCAAACCACCAGGAAAACGUGUGGACCCACGGUUGAUACAGGUGGCAGAUGAGUCUAUCAAUCUACAACAAAUGUACAAAACAUGUAUUAAAAGCUAUAUAUAUAACGGUUGUGAUGGUUUCACCAUGUUCAAGAAUGCUAAAAUUCUGGUUGAUGAGGAUCUCUGUCCUGAAUUAGGUCUUACCAUACAAAACCAUUUCAAAGCUAUUAAUUUACGUAACGAAAAAAGCGAUCACCACACCAAACAUCGACAAUCUUUAGUCACGCUUUCUCGGCGGCACAGUAUGGUACAAAUGCUGGAAAAUCUAGAUUUAGAUGGGCCAUCGCCAAUAAGAAAGCUGUCUGUUGGACAUCAUGUAAAAUCGGUAGAUUCUUCCAACGUAAAAGCCUCCAAGAUGUUACGGCGAGCUUCUUUGGAGGACUUAGAACAAGCAAGUUGCGAACUAGCUCCAAUUGUGCAACAAAGGAUUGUUCAAAUUCAGAGCGAAGAACACUUCAAUCAGUUAUUGUUGAGAAAUGAAACUUCUAUAACGAAUACUGUAAUUACCGAGACUGAAGACGAGUAAUGAAAAUUUUUGAACCUCGGAUCUUAAUAAAAAACUAGUUCACUUAUGAGUACAAGUUAGUGCAAAUUACUGGAUAUGAAAUUCAACGUCCUAGGCCUGCGAAUUGUCAUAUCAUAUGCUAAAUAUAAGUUUCCUUAUAAGCAGAACAGUUAUAGAUAUAUAUACAAGCCAAGCUUUUAGUGUAUAUAUAAUUUCUUAUUGGAAAAUAAUUUAAUUCCCUUAGUUUCAAGCUCUGAGUAACCUAGUUUAGUCUGAUUUACUUCACGCUCCACAAUGGACAAAGUUCAAUAACUUUGAAUGAACUAUAAAAGGCUUUGAAUACUCGCUCAAAUAUUUGCUUAGAUUAUAAGUAUAUAAAUAUAUUAAACGAAAAUAGACAAUCAGGCAGAUUAUAUUGCUGGUUUUAACUAAAUCAUCAUAAUUUGCAAUAUUAAUUUUUAUUGUACACAAAAGACCACGUCAAGGCAAAUUUUAUAAAAUAAUUUAAGAAUUUUGAAAAUUUUCGCUGCACAAGAAAAGUAAAUGUUGGACUUUAAGCAAUGUGGGCGCAUUCGAAAGAAUAUUGAACAAAAAAGAAUUGUUACAUUAAAUUAAGGUCCGUAAAAGUAUCUGAAAAGAUUUGAGAAAAUUCGCGCGACUGUCACUCAUAUAAUCUGCGCAAGCAUCAAGGAUGCAGCGCAUUUCUUGGUCUGAAAAGGAAGAAGUUAGACGAGACAUCUCAUUUCACACGUUUGGAAGCUAUCCGCUUCUACUCUGGAGUUACCCAACGGAAUAUGAGGGACCCUAAACGACAUUCACCGAAAGUCUAAUACCACCUUCACGAACGCUUCUCUCUGAAUAAUGGCAUUCAGCCAACACCUGUGGCAAACGAAGAGCUUCUGUUGUCUCUAGAGGCCCGCGUCACCCUGGUACAAUUGCGUUCUGCAUACCGCUGCUGUUUAAAUUGGUACUCAACAUAUGUCUGGAAUGCGAAGGUAUCUUCUCAUAACAUUAAAUACAUACCUCUUCAAAUUCCCGCUUAAACCUCUUCCUUUUGGCUCCGUCCUGGAGAUCCUAUGCAGGGAUCUUUAAGCUGUUACAACUACAACAAUAACAGCAGUUCCCUUCGAGAAAUUCGAUAUAUUGGGUUUACGAGGGAGUUAUAUGUUCAAAUUACCUAUAAUAAGAAUCAAGGAGUCCUUAAAUAACAAACAAGCAACCGCUGAGCAUUUUCCUUAAAAUGUCGCCUUUUCUCAAACCAUGGUACUUUGGUCGUAAACGUAAAUGAUUAACAAUAUUUGAUAUUUGAAAUUAAAUUAAAAUAUUUAGAAAGGUGCGCUGAAAGCUGUUUGAAUUUUAUUUGUUAUGUAACGUUGGUUCAUUACUAUUUAGUAUUUUUAACACUAUUAUAAAUAUUAACAUUUUUAACUGAUUUUUUAUUUUAACGUUAGUAUUUUAGUAAAGCCUAAAUACCUCAAUGAAAAAGAAAAAUGUAUAUUGUAUUAUAAUCGUAAGGUCAUUCAAAUUGCAUGACAAGAGUCUUCAUUGCGCUGACAAUAUAAUACGCACAUUCCCGUACCUCA